GCGACUGUGGGGAUGUUUCAAAGUUUACUUCACAGACUGAAGGAAGCCAUGGUAAAGAAGCUGGUGAUCAUCGACACAGACUGCGGCAUAGACGAUGCUCAGGCUAUAAUGAUGGCCCUGGCAGCACCCAACAUUGAGGUCUUGGCUGUUACCUGUGUGUUUGGGAACGCAGCGGUUGAGAAAGUGUGUCAAAACGUUCUGAGGGUGCUCUCCGUCUGUAAGUGUAAGGGGAUUCCGGUGUUCCGAGGUUCUGGCGGUCCUCUAGUUGGAGCCAGUAAACCAGUGAGUGACCACUUUGGAACUGAUGGACUUGGGGAUGUGAUUGAGGAAAAAGAUCCAAACUGGGAGGAGAAAAUCCAGAGAGAGCACGCGGUCAGUGCAAUGAUUAGGCUGGUGACUGAAAACCAGAAGCAGGUCUCCCUGGUGGCCAUUGGCCCACUCACCAAUCUAGCACUGGCUGUCAGACUGGAUCCGUGUUUUCCCCAAAAGCUCAAAGAUCUGUACAUUAUGGGUGGCAACAUGGAAGGAAAAGGAAAUGUGACACUAUGUGCAGAGUUCAACUUUGCAAUGGAUCCAGAGUCUGCCUAUGUUGUUCUUGAAGAAUUUCUCUGCCCUACAUACCUGGCAUCAUGGGAAUAUUCAUGCAGAAACGCACUGACUUGGGAGUUCUUUGAAGAGUUGAUCAAUCAGGACACACCGGCCGCACGCUUUAUGAAGAGGAUAACCUCUAAAUGCUGGGCUUACUCCAAAGAGGCAAUGAUGAAUAAGAGGGACCUGUACUUUGGACCUGGCUUCGUCUCUUACGAUGCCUACGCGAUGGCGGCCUGUAUUGACAGCAGCAUUGUAACGGAGAGAAUCGAGUGUCCCGUCCGUGUGGAGCUGCAGGGUUCGAUCGCUAGAGGCAUGAUGGGGCUGGAUCGCACAAAUAUGCUGAAGAAGAGCCACAGCGUGUGUGUUCUGACCAAAUGUGACGUUGCCAAGUUUCGUAAGUUACUCAUGAAGUCUGUAAGACAACCUAAAAAGAAGUAAUUGUUGGUGACGGACGUCUCGGUAAGAAGAAAAAAAGACACUGUAUCACCCUGAAUAUCAUUAAAUAGAAAAUAAUUUUAUUUUUUUAAUGCACUGUAUGAAAAUGUUGACAAAUAGUAGUAGUUAGUAUUCUUUGACCAAUUUAUUCUCACAAAAGGCUCUGAUAUAUUUCAUCAAAUGUUCAUGUUUGUGUUAACUGUGCCAUAAUUAAAUGAAAAACAUAAAGGGACAAUUAUUGAACAAGAUUUUCCAUUUUGACAAGUCACAUCGAAAAUUAAACAACAACAUCAAAUCAAAGUGGAGAAGCAUAUUGGAUUAUAGAGCAGCACAGACCUGCCAAUACUAAAUGCAAAGUACGGUCAGAAGUUCUCAUUAAGGAGCUGCAGGGGAGGUUUUCUUUCAACUGGAAAACAUCAUCCAUGUCAAAAAGAACAAGACAAGGUUGAAACCUCGUGUAAAGCUGGUCUGCAUAUAGUCAAUGUGCUGUAUUGUGGUCAAACUGUCAGUGCGGGUGUCUAUAAUUUGGCAGAACAUUUUAUCAGGGCAGUAGUAAGAAAAAUACUUCCAACUCAUUCUUAUGUUUGAUUUGAAAGCACUUGAUCUAAUCAUGAUUACUAUUCUUCAAAAAAUCCAAAUUGAUUUCCAAACGGAAUCUUGAGGCCGAUAUGAGACACAGGACCAGGAUCAAGAUCAAUAAUAGACAGCGAGAGCAAUGAAAAAGAGGCUCUCUGCAAAGUCACACAGCUGGAGGAAGUCAAGACUUCCCUGACCCAUCAGAGGUAAGAACACUCCAACUGAAAAUCGCCCUCCUCAGGAGUCAGCACUUUUCACGAUGAGUAGAUAAAUUCUUUCAACAAUGUUAUAAAACGCUUGUGUUUUUUAGUGAAACAGACUUUCUUCCACAAAUCCAACAGGGUUCAUCCUCAACAUCUGUGUGUACACACAACGUGUAGAUCCUGAAUGAAUGUUUUGCAAAUUUCUACUUUCUGUGUUCUUUUAAUAAAUAAGGCCAGUCUGUAGAGGCAUUAAACAUGCACAAUGUAAUUUAUCCCACUAGGGGGUCUUUCACAUCAAAACAACAAUAAAAGACUAAAUCUGA